CGAGUUAUCAAGUCUCCUGCUGAGUUGGAGAUUCUCCGCUAUACCAACAACAUCAGUAGUGCUGCGCAUCGUGACCUCAUGCGUAAAGUGAGGCCAGGAAUGUACCAGUUUCAAGCGGAAAGUUUAUUUCAGCACUAUUGUUAUCAUAAAGGCUCUAUGCGCCAUGUCAGUUACACUUGCAUUGCAGCCAGUGGGUGCAAUUGUGCUGUGCUUCAUUACGGACACGCUGGGGCGCCAAACAAACACCAGAUCAAGGAUGGUGACAUGUGCCUUUUUGACAUGGGUGGAGAAUACUAUUGUUAUUCUUCUGACAUUACUUGCUCAUUCCCCGUCAACGGCCGUUUCUCGCCAGAUCAGCGCAUAAUAUACGAAGCAGUUCUUUCGGCUAAUCGCGGUGUGCUGGCCGGCAUCCAUCCUGGGGUUCCUUGGUCCAGCUUGCACAUCCUCGCUGAGCGUAUCAUUCUCGAGGCAUUAUUGCGUGCAGGUCUACUUGACUCUACUGCUGGAAGUCUGGAUGACAUGGUGACUGCCCGUUUAGGUGCUGUUUUUAUGCCUCAUGGCCUCGGUCACCUUAUGGGCCUCGAUGUUCAUGAUGUUGGUGGCUAUAUUCAGGUCAGUCAGCAUCAUAAUGGUCAAUCUUAA